UGUUACCACACGCUUGUAGGUCAGAUUGCGUCCUUCCUAUUCAAUGGCCGGAAACGGCGGAUGCCGCAACAUUGUAACGGCGCUGAAUGGAGGAUUUAACACGGCAACUGGAACCUGCCUUGGUUUUACUCCGUGGAAGGUGCGGUCCUAACGGGGUGAAGUAAAAAUAUUUGACCAUUUUUUUCCUCCCUGGACAUUUUGUCUUUUGUGUGGACUGUAAAGCCGACACGAUUACACAACCUCUGACGGGAUCAAAGGGGACAGUCGGUCCGCACCGGAAGAACCACAAAUGUAUUUUCUUAAUAUAACCGGGGGUUCCCAAAAUAAGGGUCAGGGGCCCGGUUUGGACCACAAGGCAAUUUUUGUUUUUGCUAGUAAUUUUAUUUUUGAAUAAUUUUGUUGUGAUGCUGCUCAACUGCGAUCGUCCUUUAACUCUUCUGAGUUACUCGGACGUGCCGCCCCGGGUCAUCGAGAACUUCAUCCUGACCGGCUACCGCUUCCCCAACUACAGCUUCCGGGAUUGCGUCCUUUCGGCGUUCCGGCCCACCAACGAGACGGGCAACUUCUGGACGCACUUCCUCCCCGUGUUCGUGUUCGCCUACCACUUCGCCGAGGUCUUUGACUGGGAGGAGGCGCCGUCCGGGUGGCACCCGUUUUUCUACCCGCUCUGGACCUACUUCCUGUGCGUUUCGUCUCUGUUGGUGUCCAGCAGCUUCGCCCACUUGCUGAACUCCAUGUCGCUGGUGGUGAGAGAAGUCUGCUUCUUCGUGGACUACGGGACCAUCAGCGCCUACACGGUGGGGUCGUCCUUGGCGUACCAUUACUACAUCCACCCCCGGCCCGGGCUGGACCAGAUAAACGCCGACGGGGACUUGAAGCCUUCGGAGUUCCGACUCUUCUUCGAGACUCUCUACAUCCCCAGUGCUUGUGUCGUGGCCAUUAUUUGCCUCCUGUCCUGCUGCUACACUCGCCAAAAGUGGAGGCGCUAUCGAUACGCCAUCCGGACCCUGGUCUUCCUCCUCCCGUUUCUGGUGUCGUCCACGCCCAUCUUUUACCGCCUCCUCGUCCGAUCGCCGUAUUCCACCGCCUCCGUCUACUUCUACCGCCACUGUUUCUGGCUGCUGGCGGCGGCCGGGUUUAACAUCAGCAAGGUCCCGGAGAGGUUGUCGCCGGGUCACUUCGACAUCUGGGGUCACAGCCACCAGUGGUUCCAUUGCUGCACCUUUUUGUCCAUCCUGGACGAGCUCCACAUGAUCAAGUCGGAGGUGAGGGCCAUCCUGGCCGGGUCCGUAGCGCUGCCGCCCGGCCCCGCAGCCGGGGCCACCUACGGGGUCAUGCUUUUCCUGCAGGCCACCAUCGUCUCAAUCAUUGUCGCGUUUUCUUGGCAUGCCAACUGUCUUUACGGGAAUCAACUGGCAAACAAACAACAGAAAUGUCACUGAUUUCUUAAUCAUAUCUCGUAGUUUCGACACCAUUUGAUGAUGAAUAAAAGUCGUUAGCCGCUAUGCUGAGAUGUAUGAUUUAUGAUCUACAAUAAACUUACAGGGAGAUGAUGUAAACUAUAGGCACACAGGAAGGGAUCAUGGCGCCGCUGUAAAUAGUUGGUCUGUGUAAGAGUUUAUAAUAACAAUAUCACCAAUACUUGUUAAUAUUCAAGUCACCAAAUGUGAAUGCGGUUUUUGGAUGUUUAUUUAUUGGAUUUUAUGAGCGGAGUAGAGGAGUUCCCGUUGGCGUAUCGUUGGCACUUUUUGAAUGUUUUUUAGACUGACUAUCGUUAGCUCAGUGGUUCUUAACCUUGUUGGAGGUACCAAACCCCACCAGUUUCAUAUGCGCAUUCCCCGAACCCGAACCGUGAUCGUAAAAUGAUGUUAUUAUAUUAAAGAAAUACUAAUAAAGAUAUAUUUUACAAACGGAAAGUUACAGGAAUGUACACAUGAUCCCAUGUUUACAUCUCAUUGUGCAACAUGUGAAUGUUUUGGUGGGGACUAAAUGCGAUAUCUGAAAGGGGUACACAUUAUUUCCAAAGUAGGACCCCCACCCAGAAAUAUAAAACCACAACACAGCUCAUGAAAAACAAUAUGUUAUAGUCAUUGUAAGUGGCCCAAAACACUCAUAUUAGAAAAUAAUCUCAUGGAAAUGACUGCUGUCAUUUGAUUACAAUAAUAAAACAUUGAACUUGUUAUUUAGUCAGGUUUGGGACAGGUGUGCUGCAGGUGUGACCACAGUGCAUGUGCACGUCUGACGUCGCUCACAUGUGCUCCACCGAAUGCUCAAGGAGUUUUUGCGUUUGCUCACACAUAUGGAAAAUUAGAGGGAACAUUGUUUGGGGGUAUCCAUAAUACGCCAACAGGGAGAAGUUUUUAUUUACACGAUGAGUCGGGUGUGUCUUGACCUCCGCGGCGGAGGCUCUGCCGAACCCCUGAGGCCGACUCACCUAGGGUUCGAUCGAACCCAGGUUAAGAACCACUGCGUUAGCUUCAUUGUGAGCCACCUCGUACUUACCGUGUGUGACAAAUUAGAAUGCAUAAACAAGAAAUACAUAAAUGGUAAAUGGGUGGAGGUCAUGGUUCUCGCCCGUAAAAGGGUGGAGUGCCAUCUCCGGGCUGGGGAGGAGACCCUGCCCCAAGUGGAGGAGUUCAAGUACCUCAGAGUCUUGUUCACGAGUGAGGGAAGAGUGGAUCGUGAGAUCGACAGGCGGAUCGGUGCGGCGUCUUCAGUAAUGCGGACGCUGUAUCGAUCCGUUUUGGUGAAGAAGAAGCUGAGCCGGAAGGCAAAGCUCUCAAUUUACCGGUCGAUCUACGUUCCAAUCCUCACCUAUGGUCAUGAGCUUUGGGUUAUGACCCAAAGGACAAAAUCACGGGUACAAGCGGCCGAAAUGAGUUUCCUCCGCCGGGUGGCGUGGCUCUCCCUUAGAGAUAGGGUCAGGAUGCCACUCGAACGCCUCCCUAGGUAGGUGUUUAAGGGCACGUCCGACCGGUAGGAGGCCACGGGGAAGACUCAGGACACUUUUGGGUAGACUAUGUCUCCCGGCUGGCCUGGGAAUGCCUCGGGAUCCCCCGGGAAGAGUUGGACGAAGUGGCUGGGGAGAGGGAAGUCUGGGAUUCCCUGGUUAGGCUGCUGCCCCCGCGACCUGACCUCGGAUAAGCGGAAGAAGAUGGAUGGAUGGAUCGAACCAGGAAC